GUUUGGUUUCUAGGAAAAGAUGUUGCUAAGAUUCUCGGUUAUAGUAAACCAGAGAAUGCUAUUGAGAGACAUGUAUCCAAAAACCAUAAAAUACGCCAAAUUAUCUGGUACCCCGUUUCGGGGAGUCAGGUCCAGAACCCCGUUUCGGGGAGUCAGGUCCAGAACCCAAAAAGCUACACCGGUGAAACGCCGGGUCAAGGUAGAUGGUGUACGUUAAUCGACGAGGCUGGUUUUUAUGAACUUGUAUUUAGUCCAAAAUUAGCGUUUGCCAAAAAAUUCCGCGAUUGGGUAUUUACUACAGUUCUUCCAUCUAUUCGUAAAUAUGGACAAUACAAACUGUUUGAUAGCCCCUGGAAUAAGAUGAUAAUGAUUGGUAAUGAAAACGACCUUCAUUAUAAAGUUGUGGACCUCAUAAGAAGAUAUUAUCCAGAUUCUAUAUUAGUAGCCGGACUGGGUGAAAAUCAGGAUACUGAGGAUAAGAGACUAGAUUCAUAUAAAAAGGGAUAUAUGAGAGGACAGCCUGAUUUAAUGAUACUUGAUUAUCACAAAGAUUAUAAAGGUCUCUGUAUUGAAUUUAAAUCACCAACU